UUCAUCUCCUCGAGAGCAUUGCUUUGGCCGCUCCUGCGUUGUAACCUUAGCUUCAAGCUCUACGGUACUGACCCAGCAAAGAUGAACCGCAGCCCUGAAUACGAUAGCCCGCUCGACUCGCCCCUGAUGAAGUCGAGCGCCGUGAGGGCAAAAUCCCACAAGGAACACGGUAGCGGCGACAGCGAGUCCGCCCAGUCGAGAAGGCGCAAGCAGCCCUGGCCAUGGUGGUGGGAGACGCUGGCCAUCGCGGCCAGCGUCCUGUGCACAGCGGGCAUCGUCGCCGUCCUCGCGCGCAUGAACGGCCGCCCCCUGGCGAACUGGGACUUUAUCCUCGGCCUGCCCGCGACCAUUGCCGUCUUCAGCACGGCGGCCAAGUCGCUGGCCGUUGUUGCCCUCACCGCCAGCAUCGGCCAGUCCAAGUGGCUGCACUUCCGCGCCGCGCCGCGCCCGCUGCGCGACCUCGACCGCUUCGACGAGGCGAGCCGCGGGCCCAUGGGCAGCCUGAAGCUGGUGGGCGCCGGGCCGUGGGGCCUGGCCACCAUCGGGGCCCUGGCGACGGUGCUGGCGCUGGGGUUCGACGUCUUUGUCCAGCAGCUGGUGCGGCUGGAGACCAGGGACGUCCCCUUUGACGACGCAAGGGCUGUGCUCGGCCUUUCUCAUGACUACAUCACCGGUGCCAAGAUUCCCGCGGGCCUUGACCUUUCAUCCGCCAAGUCCAGGAUCGAAGGUUCGACUGUCGAUGUCUCGAUGCAGGGGGCUAUCUACCGUGGCCUCUUUGGUCUUGACUCUCCGACUCUCUCCAGGUGCCCUGGUUCCUGCUCCUGGGAUGGCCCACACGUCUCUCUGGGCUUCAUGAGCACCUGCUACAACGUCACGGAAGCAGCCCUCGAUUCUAUCGAUCGUUCCAUAUUCACAAACUGGACCACCUCGGUCGAUAACCUAAGUCUUGUCACCCCUGGCGGUGUCAACAUGGCUGUCGGGUUUUCGCCGACAUCCUGGCAAACCGUCAUCAGCGUCAAUUCAACCACUCUCCUGAAAGAUUCUCGCUGGUACAGCGAACGGUCAUCUACACGGCCUGUGCCGCCUCUGAAACCCGAGCGGCCCGACAUUGUUAGGGUGGCAAUGUUGAGAACGGCUAGCGAUCGAACCAAUUACAUUGUCAACCCGGAUCAAAUGGAAAUUAUCGAAUGCGACAUCAGUCUGGCAGCGCGAAGGUUCUCAAAUGUCACCGUCUCGGGCGGCGUGCUCUUAAUUGGGGCUGAGGAGAACAUCCUGAUGACGCCGGGCGACCCCACAUUUGUUCGCGGCCACGGGUACAUCACUACCAUGCUCAACCAGACCCACCUGCCCGUCCUCCGAAUCAACGUCGCCGACAUAUUUGCCAUCAGCGAGUUUUUCCUCUCGCCACGUUUCGUCGGCAGCUUCUACGACGGACUCUCACUCACAACCCAACUCGGCGCCCCGACUGGCGUCGGGUCCGCUUUCAAAUCCGGGAAUAUGACGCAGAUAGUGCACAACAUGACGCGGAGCAUGUCUGAUCAGCUGCGCUCGACCUUCAACGUGACCGCGCCCGGGAGGACGAUCCGUCAGGUCGCCUUUGUCCAGGUGCAGUGGGUGUGGCUGGUGCUUCCGCUGGCCGUCCAGCUGGCCAGCGCAUUGCUGUUGGGUUUGGUUCUGGCGAGGACGGCGGCGUGGAGGGACUUGCAGCCGUGGAAAUCCUCAAGCGUUGCCGUCCUUCUCCACCGGGUUUCGGAUUAUGGUCAGCCUGGAGGAGCAGCGACCCUGCAGCCGGAGGUCCAGGACAUGGGAGAGUUGAAGAGGAGAGCAGCGUCUAUAAAGGCAAGGCUGGGAUGAGUUUCUAGUUGGCGUGUUCCUUGCUAGUGCCGAAGGGGCUGCUGAAUGACGGUUUCCACCUGCUCGCCCUCGGGCCAUCUUUACGAACCCAUGAUUUCCCCUGUCGAUCGGGACACCGUCUCGGUUAGCAAGACAAACUGAAGAUAACGGCCCCACGCGGCAUGAGCCGUACAUGGCGACAUGAUCUGGCCGUAGGCCCCACAUGCCCGCGAAGGUCCAGGCAGUAAGAGUUUUGGAAGAUGCUUCACGCCAAUGUCCACAUAUCUAUUCUUGAUCAGGCUUUGUCUCGGCGGCCAACUAGACAGUGAGGAGCGGCGCGGGAGGGGCUUGAUCUGCCUGGUCUUCAUCAAGAG